UUUAUAACUUAAGUGUAUGUUGAGUUACAGUGUUACGUCCCUUAAUUGUAGGAAUGAAAGUUCUCGACUAGUUACGUCAUUCUUUAUCUAGAAUUGUUUCGUAACAAUGAAAAGUUAGUUGAUGCGUAAACGUGAUAACCAAUAUUAGGUUUUCUUAAAAAAUUUUCAACCUAAAGGCUGUAGUAGAUCUAGAAAGUAAAUUUACUGGGAUUGUAAAUAAAUGGUUUGGUGGCAUUCGAGCAAGGGUGCAAACAAUACAUUUUGGGUUUGGUGGGGGUGGGAGAAGGGCAACAUAAAAAGAAUAUUAAUUAUAUUGUAUGUUUCUUUACUUAUGUAAUUGAUCAUAAAUGUUAUGUAAUAUCGAACAGUUCAUUUUUACAUGUAUAUGGGCAUUUAAUUAGUGUCCCAAGGGCGGAGGAGGGGAACAAGUGGAGUGGAACAGAACUCCUUGCAAAUGUAAAAAGAUGUUGAAAAUUGCAAGUAGUAAUAAAUAUUUUGUGAUUAAAGAUAAUGGUUUUUUACUGUAGCAUGACUGGGUAACUUUAUGGUAAUCCUUAAUUUAUACAGUUCUCUUCUAAGUUUCCACCAAAACAUUUUGUGAAAAUUUCGUAAAGUCUUUAGUUAUCACUAAAAUUCCUUCGGAAUGACUAAAAAUUUUAAGUGUGACAAUAAUAUAUUUUUUAAUCACUAAGAUUGUACAUCUUGCAACAAUUUUCUCCAAACUCAUCAGGCUUAGUAAGCCCUUGUAAGAGUGAAAAUGGUUCCCCAGCUCCAGAAGCCGGCCCCUGACUUCAGUGGAAUAGCAGUUGUGAACGGCCAGUUCAAGGAUCUCAAACUGUCUGAUUACAAAGGAAAAUAUUUGGUGCUGUUCUUUUAUCCACUGGACUUCACGUUCGUAUGUCCCACGGAGAUAGUGGCGUUCUCUGACCGCGCCGAAGAGUUCCGCAAGAUCGGAUGUGAGCUAGUGGCGGCGUCUUGUGACAGCCACUUCAGCCACCUGGCGUGGAUCAACACACCACGCAUGCAGGGUGGGCUGGGCAAGAUGAACAUCCCCCUGCUGGCUGACAAGUCGGGCCGCAUAGCCCGCGACUACGGCGUCUACCAUGAGGAGACGGGCGUGCCAUUCCGCGGCCUGUACAUCAUCGACGACAAGCAGGUGCUUCGCCAGAUCACCAUGAAUGACCUGCCGGUGGGGAGAUCCGUAGAUGAGACUCUGCGCCUUGUGCAAGCCUUCCAGUACACGGAUAAGCACGGUGAAGUGUGUCCGGCCGGCUGGAAGCCAGGCUCCAAGACGAUCAAGCCUGACCCUGAAGGCAGCCUGAAGUUCUUCAAAGAGUCAUCAUAACCUUCCUGAAGCAGGUCUUCUUCCAACUGUGACAGACCCGUCACAAACAUUGUUCCUGUAUUGUAUGCACACCACAUCCUCCAAGUUCUACUAUUUCAGAGUAGAAAGCAUUUGUUUUGAGAAUUAAGGAAUUUUUUGUGUUUAUGUAAGCAUAUGAAAUAAAGUAUUUUUAAAUACUA